AUGGUCGAUCAAAUUGCGAAAAACGGAAGACAUAGAACUAGCGGCUCAAGCUUGGAACAAGUUCAUGAGAGGUCGAGUUCCUUUUCUCAAAUCGAUAAGAUGAAAAUUCUUCAACGAAAUACCGGCCAGACACGUAAAUCUAUUUUUAUGGAUGAUGAGUAUGACCUGAGUGAUGCUACGGGUACUGAUGAGGGAGAUGAAACUUCAACGAUCAACCGUAGCAAGAGAAAAAAUGCUCCUAACACUUUAGAAGGAAAAGAGCUCAAAACCCGGGAAGAAGAAGUAAAAGAAAAUGAAACACAAAAAGAAACUAAAGCUAAGGGAAAAGCUGAGGAAAGUGUGGUAGAAAAGAAAGAACUAAGUAACUACCUACUUAACAUGAACUGGAGAUAUAAACCGGACGGAAGCUUCAGAGCAAAGUUUGCGGACUUGAACUUCCAGCCCAGGAUAUCUAUUAUUGAUCGGGAUGCUGCAUACGGCAGCGAGUUUUAUGGCUUUUAUGUUGCAUUUUGGUUUGUCGUCGGGAUGUUUGUUCUCAAUAUUCUUGUGAAAUAUUACAAUGAACAUGGAUCAAUCUUUAGGUCCAGAAUCUUCAAUAUCAUGAUGGAGGAUCUCUGGAAGGUUGGACUUACUGAUCUUCUUAUGUACUUUUGCUCUUACUUCCCAUUGUUCAUACAUAAGGCGAUUAAAGCUGGAUUUAUCAAGUGGAGAAACACAGGUAGAGUCUUAGAGUCAAUCUAUGAGUGUGGCUUUAUGUGGGCUUUCUUGAUCAUAUCUUUUAAUCAGGACUAUCCUUGGAUUGCAAAGAUCUUUUUGAUGCUUCACUCGGUUGUUUUUCUCAUGAAAAUUCACUCCUUUGCCUUUUACAACGGAUAUAUGUGGGACGUUACAGGGGAACUAGAAGUCUCGAAGGGCUAUUUGAAGAAGCACGAUAACCUUGAUCCUGAAGUUGCGCAAGCACUUCAAAAAUCGGUCAACUUUUGUACUUUUGAGUUGGAAACACAGGCUCAGAAGGUUCAAUUCCCUAAAAAUCUUACCUACAAGAAUUUCUUUGAAUAUUCGAUGUUCCCAACUCUUGUGUAUGAAGUUUCCUACCCAAGAACCAAGCGCAUCAGAUGGGGAUACUUUUUUGGUAAGGCUGCCGGCAUAUUCGGUGUCAUUUUCAUUAUGGUUGCCAUUGCCCAGAACAAUAUGUACCCAAUUGUGAUGAGAUGCCUAGAACUGAGAAGAACUGCCCCAAUAAUGACAAGACUCAAAGAAUAUCCUUUAAUUCUUGUGGAGAUGAUUCCUCCAUUCCUUUCGAUGUACAUGCUAACGUUUUUCCUUAUCUGGGAAUUGAUAUUAAAUGCCAUUGCAGAGCUUUCCAGGUUUGCCGAUAGAGAAUUCUACAAAGAAUGGUGGAAUUCAGUCGACUGGGAUCAAUAUUCUAGAGAUUGGAACGUUCCGGUUCACAAAUUUUUACUUCGUCAUGUUUAUCACUCUACGAUCUCCAGCUUCCAUGUCAGUAAGACAACCGCAACAUUGGUCACAUUUUUCCUCAGCUCUCUUAUUCAUGAAGUGGCAAUGUAUGUCAUCUUUAAAAAAGUGAGAUUCUAUUUAUUGUCGCUUCAAAUGUUCCAGUUGCCAUUGGUUCAGAUAAUGAGAAGCAAACUUUUCAAAAAGUAUCCAGUGCUGGCAAAUGUUUUCUUUUGGGACGGAAUUGUUCUUGGUCCGACCUUACUUUGUACGAUGUAUUUAGUUUUUUGA